CGGAGAAAGUGAUAACAAAAAAACGUCUAAUAAUACCCACACGAUAACAUUAAAUUCGACCAAUGAGAUUCUACCUCUUGGCCACCACGCAAGUAUCUUCCAUCCAGCUUUUCUCCCAAAAACGACUUCUUGGUCUCCACGAAAAAUCUACACCGCCGUUGUAAAUUUACAUAUAUACCCUCAGUCAAAGCAAAGUAGCACACGAAGUCUCUCUAAUGUCUUCGAGGGUGAUACCGUCAUUCUAGAAUACCCUACACCAGAAACUGUUACACCUGAUAAACACGUGGCGUGAUCUUCUUACACACACGUCAUUGAUAAUUCGAUCGUAAACCGUUCGUUUCCUUGCUAUAUAACCCUUGCUCGAGACCAUUUAUAACAACAGCGUGUGAAGCGCAUAAGACGACAAAGUAAAAAAAAAGCUUUCUCCUACAAUCUUCCUAUAUUCUUGGAUUUGAUUUGAUUUCUUUCAAAUUUCUGUUUCUGAUUUGCAUAAUGAUGAUGACUCGCGGUGGAGCCAAGGUGGCCUCGUCGCUGAUGAAGGCUGCUGGACCACGGUUGUUCUCAACGACGACGAUCCGUUCGCUGCCUCACGAGGCAAGCCACCUAAUCAAGCCUGCGGCGGCGGAUUUAGCUCCGGCCUCUAGCAUGAGCGGUUGGAUCUGGACUAGAGCUCCGGCGAUUGGAGGCGUGAGAUUCAAGAGCACGGUUACUUUGGGUGAGAAAACUCCGACGGAGGAGGAGACGACAGAGGCGGUUCCGAAAAAGACGGAGAACGAAUCAAUCGGUGGUGACGCCGGAGGUAACAAGGGAGAGAAAGGAAUCGCUAGCUAUUGGGGUGUUGAACCGAAUAAGAUCACUAAAGAAGACGGCACUGAAUGGAAGUGGAAUUGUUUCAGGCCGUGGGAGACGUAUAAAGCUGAUUUGACGAUAGAUCUGUCGAAGCAUCAUGUACCAACGACGUUUCUUGACAGAUUAGCUUAUUGGACUGUCAAAUCUCUCCGAUUGCCUACCGAUCUCUUCUUCCAGAGGAGAUACGGAUGCCGAGCUAUGAUGCUGGAAACUGUAGCAGCAGUGCCCGGAAUGGUCGGAGGAAUGUUACUCCACUGCAAAUCGCUGCGGAGGUUUGAGCAGAGCGGUGGUUGGAUCAAAGCUCUGCUCGAGGAAGCAGAGAACGAGAGGAUGCAUCUCAUGACAUUCAUGGAAGUCGCGAAACCCAAAUGGUACGAGAGAGCUCUCGUGAUCACUGUGCAGGGAGUUUUCUUCAACGCCUACUUCCUCGGUUACAUCGUCUCCCCGAAAUUCGCUCACCGUAUGGUUGGGUACCUUGAGGAAGAAGCUAUCCACUCGUACACGGAGUUCCUCAAGGAGCUCGACAAUGGUAACAUCGAGAACGGUCCUGCUCCAGCUAUUGCUAUUGAUUACUGGAGGCUCCCUGCUAAUGCAACCCUCCGUGAUGUCGUUAUGGUUGUUCGUGCCGACGAGGCUCACCACCGUGACGUUAACCAUUUUGCAUCCGAUAUUCAUUACCAAGGUCGUGAACUAAAGGAAGCUCCAGCUCCAAUUGGAUACCAUUGAUUAUUAUUAUAUCUCGUUGAAUAAGAAUUAGCUUUGUUUGCUGAAGUUUUAAACUUUGUUCUUAAAAAAAUUUGAGAAGUCUUAUGAUCUCUUCUUUUGUCACUUGUAUAUAGAGCCAUACUUUGGAAUCGGCUUUCCUUGAAUGUUAUAUUUGGCAUUUGUUAGUUGUUACGAAUAUUAUUCUGUUUUUCCUCGAAAGGCAAUACGUACACGUUCGGUUCUUUUUUUCUUCUUUUUAUGGGCUUUUGGGCUUUUUAGUUUCCGCUAUUUUCAAAGACUCGCCAUAAGAUUUUGACUUUCAAUACAAAGGAAUAUUAUCGAGAAAAUGAGGACAUUUAAA